AAAGGCCCCGACAUGGCGGCGGCAGCAGCUCCCCCCCGCAGCCCCCGGGAGUUCUCCUCCAACUGGAAGGCGCUGCAGGAGCUACUGAAACAAAAGGCAGAUAGCCCCAAGGAGCCCCUGUCUACGUGUCAAACAUACACCAAAAAGAAGCAUCCACUCAAAGUGGGAAACGGCCAAGAAGUUCCAGCUAUCAAUGGGAACGGGAAUGGGGUAAAGGCCAAAUCCACAAAUAAAAUGGACAAUGGUUCUGCCAAAGACAAUCCUCCUUUGGCUAAGCCAAAAUCCAAGAAGGUUGCAAUGGAUAAGAAUUUAAAUGGCACCAAAAGCGAUGGAAAAGGCUGCAAAGAAAAAAAGAAAAAUGGCAAUAUUUUAAAGGAGAACGGGGAUAUAAAACAUAAGAGGAGGAAAGCUGAAGAACGUGCAGAGCAGCAACCCAAAGAGGCUGAAAUCUGGUUUGAUGACGUUGAUCCAAAAGAUAUUGAAGCAGCAAUAGGACCUGAAGCAGCAAAAAUUGCUAGAAGAAAUCUGGGACUUGAAACAGGCCAAUCCAACCAGUCUGUGGAGCAGGUGCUGGUUAAAGAAAAGGCUUCUGAAGGGCUGACACGAGCUGUAGCCAUGGACUGUGAGAUGGUGGGAGUGGGACCCAAGGGUGAGGACAGUAUUGUGGCUCGUGUGUCCAUCGUGAACCAAUUUGGAAAGUGCAUUUAUGACAAGUAUGUCAAGCCUACAGAAGAGGUGACUGAUUACAGAACAGCUGUUAGUGGCAUACGCCCUGAGAAUAUAAAUACAGGUGAAGAUUUUAAAACAGUUCAGAAGGAGGUCGCCGACAUCUUGAAUGGAAGGAUUUUAGUUGGACAUGCUUUACGCAAUGAUCUAAAGGUCCUAUUUCUCGAUCAUCCUCAGAAGAAGAUACGCGACACACAAAGAUACAAGCCUUUCAGACAGAGAGUCAAGAAUGCACGGCCAUCAUUGAAACUGCUCUGUGAGAGGCUGCUGAAUGUUCAAGUGCAGACAUCAGAGCACUGCUCGAUUCAGGACGCACAAGCAGCUAUGAGACUGUACACCUUAGAGAAAAAGAAAUGGGAAGCUGCUGUUAAGAACAAAUCUAACAACAAAAAUUGUAAAACUUGAAUGAUUCUACCCUGUGUUUUUAUCUGCAGCAUUUGCUGGUUUCAUGUCGCAUUCCAGGGCAAAUUUAGAGAUAACUCGGAACCGACAGCAGCUACUUCAUAAAAAUCAGUCAAAAGACAGUAACUUCCUAACCUGGUAGGUGAAUGCUGCCAUACAAGAAUACUGCUAGUAUCCCCGUUCUGGAUGGUACCUAUGCCUAAUGCCUACUCCUGUGUUUAAACAAUACGUGUAACAAAUGCCUGCAUUUGUGAAGUACUUCAUCAGUUCAAUUUCUGCAAAGGAAAUAUACACUGAAUAAGUUAAAAAAAAAGUGUUUUUAAAUUACGGAUAGAUGAAGGAAGAAACUGUCAUUGCUUUGCCGAAACUCCCAAGACUAAAAUCUUUAUUUCAAGUAUUUUAAAGUCUAUGAAGUAAGGUGAAUUCUUAAUUAUUGCUGUUAGUCUCACAGUUGUGGUACCUAAAUCAACAGAAUAUAUAACUUUAUAUAUUAUUAAUGGCCCAAUAUUAAUCUUUCUGGUGAGAAAAAGCUUCUAAAAUAUUUCUGGAGGAUCGAAGCUUUUAUAUCUGAACAGAAGUGUACAAGUCUUGUUCUUCUACAAAAAGUUUUUCUUUUACUUCCGCAGUUUCAAAAGCGUUGCAUCCACAAGGGUCAUUAUCUCCUGGAGAGAAAUGUGAGAAUUGUCAAAUACAAGAUUAUCUUGUUGCUUCACUUAUUUUUAUAGUCAUUUAUUAAUAAAAACACUGUGUCUAACAUAGGUCUGUAAAGCAGCUGGUGUUUUAAACAUGUGGGGUCUGAUUCUGCAAAAUCCAAAGCAACUAUUACCAGACUGAAUACUAAUGCUAUGAUUUAAAUAAUCUAAAUGGAUGCUGGAAGGUAACAGGGAAUGGGUUUUGGAGAUGUAGCAGUUGCAUGUCGCACACUUGUAUUGCCAGAACAAGAGUGUUCUGGCCUUGUCUGUGCUGUCUGUCAGCAGGGGACACGGGGAACAACGAAUUAGGUUUACAACAGAAGAGGGAGCUUUCUUCUCUUUUGUGACUUCUUUUUCUGCACUACCUUAUAGCUGCCCUGUUCAUUAAAAUGGUGCAGGCAACGCCUGCGGGAGACAUUGGAGAAGAAGUUUGCGUCUAACUGUCUUUGAGACAAAUUAUGUAAGCAGGCUAAACGCGUAACUAGAAAGAGGAAAGUUAAGACUAACCAGUUUUAUUGGCUUGAUGAACAAACUUCUAGUUACUAGUUUCUUGGCAGCAAGCCAUUGCAAAGGAAUUAUUAGUGUAACACAUUAAAUAGCUUGAAUAAAUUUGCUGUUUCUGGUGUUUAAACUAGUUACCUUUUUGCAGUAUGACUACUUGCUGAAAUUUAAUAUAAGUUAAAUCUUCAGGCAAACUGUCACAAGGGUUUGUUUUGUUGGUUUUCGGGUGUUUUGUUUUUUUUAAGGAUGCCACUUACAAAGCAAAAAUAACUGGAUGUAAUAUGCUUUAUUCCUGUAAACUUUAGCCUGUUUUAGUAUGAAGAAUGUAGUAAAUUAAUGCGAUGAAAUGCUGCAAGAGACCAGAACAUAGUUUUAAAAAAUUACAUAAAGAAAAAACUUCCAACUACUUGUUUUCAGUAGUCAGAAAUACUCUUACAAACUGACUCUUCACCCCAUAUACACCUAACUCUGUAAAUUUCUGCACUAUGUAAUUCCAGCUAUUUGAAAAUGAUAAAAUCCAUAACCAGAAAUAAUAUACUAAGCAUCCACUCUUUAU